GCAGUAGAAAAAAAAUCCAAAUCUCUGAUUGCCAACCUGAUUGAAAAAACUUUACCGAUUAGUGCUACUCCGACCGUGUUUGACUGUGAAAAAGAUGCUGACUAUCUCACUUUGUUAAGAGAUGACUUGCCUAAUUAUUAUUCCCAGCAUGAAACCUACCAAGCCAAAAUUGCUAACCAAACUUGA